CACCAUCAAGAAGAAGAAGAAAUAAAAUAAAAAUGGCGAGCCAAAAAUAACAGCGUCGUCUAUAGUUUUUGUGGAAUUAUUUGUGAUAACUUUUUAUUGAAUGUUAGAAAAACUGUUUAAAGUCAAUGAUCACCAACGUAAACUGACGAAAAAUCAUUUAAGUACUUGGUUCUAUAAGUUUGGAAAAAGGAUAUAUUGAAUAGACGGCAUAACCUCCAAAUUAAGUGACAUAAAUAUGAGAAAAAUGAAAGAAGAAGCAGAGACUUGUAGUAAAUUGCCGCCUAAAAUUAUAAUGGGUGGUGUUGGCGGCAGUAGUCCGGCAACAACAAUGAUCCAAUGUUCCCCAUCGUCAUUAACAUCGAUCACGGCAAGAAGUUCCGGCGCCUCGACACAAUCCAGCCCCAUCUCAUCCACUCCAAGCAAGCAGCAGCCCAGUGAUGAAAUUCUUGCCUCUUUGCUAAGAAUGAACAAUUUCGAUUCUAUAUCGAGCAUUAAAGACGAAUCCCUGGACAUCGAUCUUUCCGCUUGUGUAACAAUAAGCGCUGACCCAUCGGGCAUGAUAGGGGGCAAUAGUCUGUCCUCGUCAGACUUCUGGAAAGCUCUAGACGAGAGUGCACAAACACCGCAAUUAGAUGUGAGUGGUGGUGCGGUAAGUGGAAACAGCGGAACAGGGUGUAGCAGGUCACCUCCCUCCCCUUGCGGGAGUAGCAACAACAUGUUAAUGUCCAGUGAGAAAUGUGAUCUAAGUAUUACACUUAAGAAGGAGCAGACAGAUUUCAGUGGAACCUUUUUGAAACCAUCGAGUGGGAUCACUUGCUCACCUUUAAAACGUUCCAACAAACCUCCAGCACAGCUUUUGGAACAGCAGCACAUUCUUAAAGAAAAAUCACCCACCAGAUUUUCAAAACCAGACACAACGGGUAGUGCCGCUAAUGGUCCACCAUCUUUGGCACCGAUUAUACGGUUAAACCAGUUUCCUAAACCGCCUAUAGAUUUGCCCAAAAUAAAUAAGAAUGGAACAACAGCAGCCUCUAAUCUCAACUCAAUUAAUAGCAAUAUGACACAACCUCCUCCAUUGACCGCUUUGGAUUGCUCUCCAAAUAAUAAAAACGAAGUGGCACCAAAAAUUAUCCUGGAACCCAUUUAUAGAUGUUUGGAUUGUGAUGUCGCGUUUCAAGGAGGCCAAGAGUUGGCAAAUCAUAGCAAUCAUCGCAUUACAUACAAAUGCAGGGAGUGUGAACGUGAAUUUGAUGCAGAACCCUCGCUUAAGAAACACUUGAAAACCCAUCGUCCCAUUGAUGCCCGCAAAGAUGCCUGGAAAAAGUGCCCUGAUUGUGGAAAGUGCCUUAAACUAGGUAGCAUGUGGAUGCAUCGCAAAAUACAUACUGAAAACAAAAAGUAUGGCUGUGAAAUAUGUGGUCAGAAAUUCGUACAGAAAAUCAAUUUAACUCAUCACCAACGCAUUCAUACCUCAGAGAAACCAUACGAAUGUUCCGAAUGCCAGAAACGUUUCCAAGAGCGUAGUCAUUUGCAACGUCAUCAGAAAUAUCAUGCCCAAACACGAUCAUAUCGGUGUGAGAAAUGUGGUAAAAUGUACAAGACCGAGCGUUGCCUAAAAGUCCAUAAUUUGGUGCAUCUGGAGCAGCGUCCGUUCGCCUGUACGGUGUGCGACAAGUCGUUCAUAUCGAAUUCGAAACUAAAGCAACAUUCGAAUAUUCACACUGGCGAAAGACCGUUCAAGUGUAACUACUGCCCCAGAGAUUUUACGAAUUUUCCCAACUGGUUGAAACAUACGCGUCGCCGCCACAAGGUGGACCACAAAACGGGCGAAAUGUUAGAAAAUAUUCCCUCAUACUGCUCAAAGAAAUCAACGCGUACCCCAAAGGAGAAGAAAACAAAUGCCGCCGAAGUAAAGAGCGCCGGCAAUGCGGCCAAUAACAUGCCAGCAAACCAGCAGAAUGCAACGAGUUCGUCUUCAAAUAAUUGCAUUGAUCUCAACAAAAUGGAUACUAGUGAGUCCAACACUAAAACUACACCCACCAUAGUUACAUCUGUUGUUCCUUUGGCCUCUGCAGCUGCCACCGUUGUAACUACAAAAGUGUCUAGUUCUGUUGUGAGUAGCAAUGGUCCGCCACCGUUAGCUAAGGUGCCGGCCAAGCGCAAGAAGAAAAUACAAACGAUCACUGUAAAUUCUGUUAUAAAGACAGAAAAGGAUGCGACAACAACAAAUUUUAUAGUCACAACAUCCACCGCUCAGAACUCGCCUUUGGUGAAUCUGACUACAUCGAGUGGCAUUGGGCCGCCGCCUCUGGCAUUAGUUUUUAGUACGAAACCCAUAAAUGCCAUCACAACUAAUUUGGCUGCAAACACGACAACCACCGCACCACUAAUAACACACACACAACAGCAGAAUCCGCCAGCAAAUGUAAAAAUUGAGAAGUCAAAAAGGGAACGUAAGCAGUCAAUGCCAAAGCAAGUUCAGCAAGUCCCUCCGCCAAUUAUAAUCAAAAAGGAAUUCAUAGAGCCAAAAGCCGAAAUGCUUGUGCCACAGGUGCAACCGCAGCAACAACAUCCGCAAAGACAGACGCAUGAAAAUCAACAGCCCAAAGCUCCAUUUCCCGAUUUGCAUUGUCUUAGCAUAACAUCGGCAGAAGAUUUAAUAAUGGAGCAGGCUUUAGAAAUGGAGGAGUGUGGUCUGUUUAAGGCCAAUUCAGCGGCGGCAGGUAGUGUCAAUGUAAUGCCAAACUUUGCCGAAACUGAUAAUGCGAUUUCCUCUGAAUCUGUGGCGAAUAUGCAUUUUAAGAUAAAAGAAGAACACCAUGACAUGGAACUGAAAACUGAGGAAUAUGACUCGCUUAAGAAAAGUAUAUCGUCACUUGAGUCAUCGCCGUUCUCUUCGCCUGCGUCAAUGGAAUUCGCUUCGUCCUCUACACUGGCACCGGAUUUCACGGGAAACAAUUUCUAUUUGCCCCAGUUUACAAUUACGAAUAACCAACUGCUGUCAACAAACUCAGCCAUCGCCACCAUGAAAGUUGAGGAUACCAAUGCAACAACUAGACAAGUGCGUCAGUUGGUGGCGACAAAUAUAAACGGUGUUCCCGAACUUAUACAAAUUACCAAUGCUGGUAAUGCGAGAUAUUUGAAAACUAAUAUAGCCUCAAGCAACAGUAAUACCAAUAGUAACAACAACAACAACAAUAAUAAUGACAAUGCAUCAUCAUUUAUUAACCAACUAUAUCUGCCGCUUACAGUUAAUGCCGGGCCUGUUCUAAUGAAAUCGCAUCAGGCUUUGCCAUCAGUGGAUACGCUGCUUUUCUCGCACUCAAAGUUGGCCCUUUUUAAUAAUCGUAAUUUACCAAAACAAGCGACAACAGCUCAACACAAUUUAUCCUAAUCCAAAGUUUAAUUAACUUUCCAUAGUUUUUACCUUAAACUAACUCUUAAGUUUUAGAUUUAUUUCUUAUUAUAACACAUUACUCUUAUCUUUAUGUUCUCAUAUCAAUUUCAACUUAUACAUAUGAGAAGUAAACAAAAAAAAAACGAUUCGUUUCCAAAUUAUCUUCUUCCUCCUCCCCGUCUGUAUGCACCUAACAGUGAAAGUGCAAGCUUUCCAUACUUUCUUUCGUAGCCUACAUUUGUCUUUUUAAGUUCAAUUUGCAAUUUGUGGUAGUCUUGUUUAGUUUAGCUAUUAGACAUUAGAUACAAAAUAAUGGAAUCGAAUGUUAUACAUAUUUAUAUAUUUAAAUAUAUAAAAACAUACAUACAUAUAUUUUUCUGCAAGCCGAUUUCUUUAACCUAAAACAUCUUUUUUUAGUCUUUAGUAGUUUGUAUAAACUUCUU